ACAUAGAGUAUUCAUAUUUCAGACAUUCUUACACGUGUGAGACACUCUGUGCAGCUUAGUUGUACAUGGUACGUGACUCUGUGCACGAAUUCUUUGUUUACGCAUACACAGUAGCCUUGCAACAGCUUUGGAGGUUGGCAGAAAUAUUUCAGCAAAAAUUCAAUUGUUAUACCAUUGUCCACUUUCUGAACGAUUUAUUUGAUUUCCUUGUUAAUAACAUAUGCAACAAAUAUUUGUAUUGCAUCGUUUGUUUAGUUGUAUAUGAUAGUUUAAGGCUUAAGGAUUACUCGUUUCGGCAGAAUUAUACGUACCGUGAGAAGCUGUCAAUUAGCGAGGAGUUUCAUCAAAUAUGGCUGCGCUACCAAGAAGGAUUAUCAAAGAAACACAAAGACUAAUGCAAGAGCCAGUUCCCGGUAUCAGUGCUGUACCAGAUGAUACAAAUGCUAGGUAUUUUCAUGUAAUUGUAACUGGACCUGAAGAUUCGCCAUUUGAAGGUGGACUUUUUAAACUUGAGUUGUUCCUACCAGAAGACUAUCCAAUGUCUGCUCCUAAAGUUAGAUUCAUUACAAAAAUUUAUCAUCCAAAUAUAGAUAGAUUGGGCAGGAUUUGUUUGGAUAUUCUUAAAGAUAAAUGGAGUCCUGCUCUUCAAAUCAGAACAGUUUUAUUAUCAAUACAAGCACUUUUAAGUGCACCAAAUCCAGAUGACCCUUUGGCAAAUGACGUCGCUGAACUCUGGAAAGUAAAUGAAAGCGAAGCAAUACGCAAUGCCAAAGAAUGGACUCGGAGAUAUGCUAUGGACAACUGAUCUUAGAUUUUCCAUGAUGCGAAGUGACGUCACCCCUAUCUUUCCGAGUUUACCGAUCACUUUACCCGCACCAGCUGCGUACCCUGCACCUGUGUCCACAAUUUUGCUAUAAAAAUAAUAAAAGUUUUGUAAGAGUAAACAGAAUGAAACUGUAUUUUCUAUAUCGCGGGGAAUACAAAAAUGUGUUUAGAUUUCUUCAACGGUUUGUCGAACAGACUUGUCAAGAAUCUUCUAACAUUGAAAAAGUCAAUCGUAAGAAGGUUCCUAUUUCAGGAAGAAGGUAUAAUUUUAAUGAAUUGCUAGUUUUUACUUAAAAAUAUACCUUUGUAGUAAAAAUAAGUGAAUGUAGCAUGUUGCGUAAAGAUUUUUUUUUGAAUAUGAUUACAAAAUGGCUUGUGCAAUCAGUAA